AUGCACACUAGACUGCUAUGGUUUCUUUUCAAAAAAUGUGUUUUGAUACUGACUGAUAAUGUUACGCACACAUCAACAAUGAUGGCAUACGGGACAACAGUCGUUGGUCCGGCAUUACGAUUGGACCUGAUAGCUCUAGAGGGUGUGGGAGAUGGCACAAAUCUACUUCUGCGCUUUAAUCAAACUAAUCGCGUGGGUGUUCCACUUCAAAACUAUUCUAUGUGGUCAACAUUUUUCUUCUAUGAUAAUCGAACAUCUCUUCUCUAUGUCACCAUUAUGGAUAGGUGUAUUCUGCAAAUAUGGCCAACGAAUAAGGCUAUUCUGUACACUGGUCUUGCAUUCAGAAAUUGUCCAUUGAAUAAGUUGUAUCGGUCUACUGGUGUCAUGGUUGAUAGUCAAGGAAAUAUUUAUAUUGCUAUUUUACCUUGCAAUUGGAUCACAAAGUGGACAAUAAAUUCAAGCAGCGGCGUAGUCAUAGUAGGAUCUCUAACAGGCUCGUCGAAUAGUGAUAAUAAAACACUAUUUGGACCAUACAAUAUAGCCUUGGACGAAGCGAACCCAUAUCUAUAUGUUACCGAUCGGUACAACAAUCGGAUACAGCGGUUCAUGUUAGAUGGAUCUAGUGUAGCUGUGACAGUUGCCGGUGUAAAUAGUGCAGGUUCAGCACAAACUCAACUGCGCCAACGAACCGAUAUUUACCUAACAAAAUCAAAAACUAAAAUCUGUAUAUGUAAUAAUUUCAACCAUAGAAUUCAGAAAUGGAAUAUAAGUGAAACAGUUGGAACGACUGUUACUGGCAAUCCAAAUGGUACAGCAGGUAGUUCACAAUUUUCGUUAAAUAGAUCGUAUUCAAUUGUAAUGGACGUUUAA